AGCAUUACGGGAAAAAUUGAGUUAAUGGUGGUGAUAAAGUAUACGAGAUAAAACUUAGAUGCGAUUAAGUAUGUCUUCAUAUAGAGGAAGUGAUCAACAUUUAUCUCUUAAAUGAGUCACACACGUGACAUAAGCUUAAUUUUCUGAAAAUAACUAAAACGGAGAUCCCCUGCAAAAUUCGGGGGAAAACCGCAUUUCUUGUUUCACAUUCAAACGGAACAAAGGAGCACAUCAAGUUAGCAUCUUCAGUAUGGCUGCUUGUUCAGUGAACAUUACGAAAACUAGUGACGAAAUCGACGACGCAUUAGAAAUUGAAAAAGAGCUGAAAUUACACCCUGGUUCAAUGAAAGGACAAUCUAUGAAAAUCAAUAUAGCGGUAAUUGGUCAACCUAAGUCAGGUAAAUCUUCUGUUAUCAACCGCCUCAAAAAUGUUUCAUCUACUAAAACGGGGGCUGCAGUCGUAGACGAUAGUGUAACAAAUAACCGAGUGAUGAAAUAUGACUUUCCUGAAAAUCCUAAUGUUAACCUAUGGGAACUUCCUGGACAGAAAAUACAAGACACCAAACAGAUCACUGAUCGAAAUGCCAUUGGCUUUGAUCGGUACGACUUCUUCUUGAUAUUGUCAGAGAAAAGCUUCAUGGAGUCUGAUAAUUGGUUCAUUAAAGAAGUUCUACAAAAGAGGAAGCCAUGUUUUUUUGUUCGUACUUGUAUCAGAAGAUGUGUUGAUGGAACCAAACUAGCAACCUUAAGGAAAAACAAGUCACAAGUUUUAGAAGAGAUAAGGAAUAAUUGUAAGCUGAACCUUAAAACGUAUGAAGUAACCGAUCCAAAAAUAUUCCUUGUUGAUACUGAUGAUAGUUUUAAUAACUUCUUCGAGUUUGAGGAUUUGAAAGACCAACUUCUGCUUGCUGCUGAGUCCGCAAAAAUUGGAGACAUUCCCUUUUCUUUCAACCUGAAGCAUACGGACGACGUUAUGAAUUUACAAAAAGAAUUUUUGGAGAGAAGAAUAAAAGAAAAAGGGCUCUUAGCUUCGACAGCUAAAACCAUUGGUGAGAGAAAGGAGAUCCUAAAACGAGAAAUCCUGUCCCAGCAAGAGGUUUUUGGAAUGGAUAAAAGCAGUUUGGCCAAAUACCAAACUGAAUACAAUUUGCCCAAAGGUUUGAUUGGAGAUUUUACAAUUGAAUUUGACAAACGAUAUGGCAGUUCUGGGGGAAAUGUAAUACGUUUUGACAAAGUCGACGAUAGCCGACGUACUCGCAGCGUUUCUACGUAUUUUCGGCGGGCUUCAGAUUUUGUCUUGGAAGUUAAAGGUAGUAAAGGAGCCACUUAUAUUUGUAAACAGUGCAUAAAGAUUCUUGAAGAUAGUUUGCAGAUGAUAUAUAGCUUACGUGAAAAAUUAAAUAAAGAAGUAAUGUCACACCUCGUGACAAAGAAACGAAAUGACAGAGAAUCAGAAAUGUUGGGAACAAACAUUCGCAGACAUUAAUUUAGUGAAACAUUGUUUCGAUUAUCACGCUGACCAUCACUAACAGAUGUUAUAUGUAAAUCAAAAUGUACCUAUAAUGAGAAAUACUUACUCUCUUGAGUAUUCAUCAGUGCUUUUCAACACUUCUUUUUCAUACACAUGUUGUUUCUCAUAUAGUUUUAACGAAACAUGUGUGUCAAAAGCUAGUAUGUUAAAUAGACACUAGUAAAGUGACUGUAAAACCAGACUUUUGGCGAAAAUAAUGUUCCUUAAACAUCUAAGAAUCGUGUAAACAUGACAAAACUUAAAGUACAUCGACAGUAAGUCUGAAACGUUGAUUUUGCCCGCGAAAACAUAUAAAUUAACAGUACCAGGAGAAAUCUAUCGGUCCAUCAUAGAUAUUGUGUCUUCUUUCGAAACAUUUUUUUUUAAUUACCGUAAGGAAGAAUGUUAAAAAUAUUAUUUUCGUUACGUUAUGUCAAUGUCGAUAAGAUUUUUGUAUUAAUUCAUUUCUAUUGUGAAUUUUUUUCUCAUGUCUCUGCGCGUGAAGACAUGUAUGUGAUGCUGUUUAUAAUUGUCAUUCUUAUGUUAAUUACGUUUUGAUGUGCGCUUCUGAAGUUUUCUGGAUGUGUGUGAUUUUAAGCUAGCUAGUGUAAACAAAAUGUAAUAAUUCUAUGUAAUUCUAUUCAAAACUGUACAAUGUCUUAAUCAAAUUUCAGUAUGGCAAUUAUAGCAUAAUUUACCAUUUCAUAACUUUAAUAAACAAACAAAUUUUAAAUCACUACGUUUUAGUAAUGGACAAAUGGCGAUUUUUCACCCCUUUUCCAGAUUUUUAUAUUUCAUAACGGCAGGUGUCAAGCGCCGUGUGGAAGCUGUAAACCGUUUCCCCAUAAGUCACUUCAGUGUUUUCUCUGGUCCUUCGGGAUUAUUAUUUCCAGCAAAUUAAUGUUGAAGAGCGAAUACCACUUAAGGCGGUGCUAGAGAUGUUGCGUAUUACAUAAUCUCUCACAUGAAUAGACUCAAUCUAACCGGGUCUGCAAUUCUCAAAUAAUAUCUUAUUUUCAUUGCUUCCGAGGGAUGAACCGUUUUCCAUAUUUUUAUAGCUUGACUGGUGGACUGAAUACAUCUGGUGUCUUUGUGCUGUAUUUCAGAUGGAAACGAAAGCCUCAGUCGCUUUUCGGAUCGCCAUACAAGUCUGUACUGUGUAGACGUGUUCGUCACACGGUAACUAUUACUUGAUAGCUUUCUAAAAAGAAAGUAUCCAAAGUCCAUGAUGUGAUUCGAACCAAUAGCAUUGAGGGCCAGUGAGCUAUCUUAAUCAAGUCUUAUAGAAAAACACUUGUUGAAUAAAUACAAGAGGUUAAUUUUGACUCAUAAACAUUAAUAAAUGAGUCAACCAUCUUUCUUUCUCUUUCUUAUUUCAAAAUCUAAUAAAAUGAAUAAUGGUUCAAA